GUUCAUCAGUUCCCAACUGUUUUGCGGAUGCGCCGAGCCGGAGGCGGAGGCGUUAAGCGCAAGGCUGCCAGCAUAAAGCCCCCCUGGCGCCCGCCCGCCCGCCGCAUCAGAGCCUCCUCCUCCCUCCGCGAGCGAGUCCACGUCCCGUCUUCCUCGCUCCACUCGCCCACCCAAGCCGGGCCGAAUCCGCCGCUCGAAUAGAGUAAUCCGAGGAGCCAGCCAAAUGGUGGCCGCGUGAGUGAGGGACGGCGGGCGGGCGGAGAUCGGGCGGGCGGCCGGCCGGUGGGUGGGUAGGGGGGGAGACUAACUAAGGGCAGGGCCGCGCCGCGAUGCGCGCGUGGGAGAUGCACCCGCUCUGCUGCCUCGCCGGGGAGUGGCCGUCCUCGGGCGGCGGCGGCGGCGGGCUCGCGCCCGGCGACCGCUCCCUGCCGCCGGCGGAGGAGGACGCGGACGCGGCGGGGGAGGCGCCGGCGGUGGCCGGGGUGCUGUACAAGUGGACCAACAUCGGCAAGGGGUGGCGCCCGCGCUGGUUCGCGAUCCGCGGCGGCGUGCUCGCCUACUCGAAGAUCCGGCGCCGCGUGGCGGCGGAGCCGCAUCCCGCCUCCGAGGCCGCCGCCGGCGGCGGCGGCGGCGUCAGGCUGAUCGGGGUGGCGCGUGGCGGCGCCGGCGGGGGCGCAGGGGAGCGCCCCAUCGGAUUCGUGCCUCUCAAGAUAUCAUCAUUUAGUGAAAGUAAAUCAGAUGAUAAACGGUUUUAUAUAAUUACUCCGACCAAAACACUUCAACUGAGGACUGGUUGUGCUAAGGACCGGGCGACUUGGAUUGAAGCGCUUGUCUCUGCAAGAAGCGAAUAUUCUUUUAAUGGGGAUUUAUCGGGUGAUCAGAAUGAUGCAUCAUUUUCCACAGAAAAGCUCAGAAAUCGCUUGCAUGCAGAAGGCAUUGGUGAGGCCGUUAUUAAAGACUGUGAGCAGAUUAUUCAUUCAGAAUUUUCGCAGUACCAAACACAGAUGAAGCAGCGUUGCGAAGAGUAUUUAAGCUUUAUUGGCAGUCUUCCACGGGAAGUUGAGGUAGUUAAUUCAGUAGAUUCAACUGUCCCUGAGAAGCCACAGCUGGAGCUGUUCAAGCAUGACUGCUCCAGCUCUGGAAAAUGUAGUGAAUAUAGCAACACAGAAUCUUCUGAUGAUGUUGGCAAACAAGAGAUUAGUGAACUAUCAGAUGGAGAUGAAUUUCAUUUCUAUGACACAAGGCAAAGUUUCAGUGAAUUUGCUACUAGUCCUGCUGACCCGAGAAAGGGAUGCUUAAAUAACGGAAAUGAAGAUCAUAAAUCUGUUGAACCACUCUCUGCUCACAAGGCCGAGAAAUGUAUGCUGUCACAUUCAAAAAGGCGCUCACAGUUGCCUGAACCAAUAGAAAAGGAGAAAGGAGUUAGCCUUUGGUCAAUGAUCAAAGACAAUGUUGGAAAGGAUCUAACAAGAGUCUGCCUUCCUGUUUACUUUAAUGAGCCUUUAUCUUCUCUCCAGAAGUGCUUUGAAGAGUUGGAGUACUCUUAUUUGUUGGACCGUGCAUAUGAAUGUGGUUUAAGGGGGAAUGGUCUGAUGAGAAUUCUUUAUGUUGCUGCAUUUGCGGUAUCUGGAUAUGCGUCCACAGAUUCUCGCCCAUGCAAACCUUUUAAUCCAUUGCUUGGGGAAACUUACGAAGCUGAUUACCCUGAAAAGGGGAUCCGUUUCUUCUCUGAGAAGGUCAGUCAUCAUCCUAUGGUCGUGGCAUGUCACUGUGAGGGGAAAGGAUGGAAAUUUUGGGGAGACAGCAAUCUAAAGAGCAAAUUCUGGGGACAAUCCAUUCAACUGGAUCCUAAUGGUGUGCUAACUUUAGAGUUUGAUGAUGGAGAAACUUUCCAAUGGAGCAAGGUUACAACAACAAUAAACAACCUUAUCCUUGGUCGAGUAUAUUGCCAUCACCAUGGCACAAUGAACAUAAGUGGGAAUAGACGAUAUUCAUGCAAGUUGACGUUUAAAGAGCAGUCUUUCCUUGAUCGGAAUCCUCGCCAGGUUCAAGGAGUCGUCAAGGAUGCUGAUGGAAGCAAGGUUGCAACAUUGAUGGGGAAGUGGGAUGAAAGUGUGCAUUGUAUCAUCAACAAUGAUGCCUCGAAGGCGAACUCCCAUGGUUCACAUCAGAGUUCUGGUGCCACUUUGCUAUGGGAGAAAAACGAGCCUCCAGUCAAUCCUACUCGGUACAACUUGUCCGCAUUUGCAAUAACAUUAAAUGAGUUAACACCAGAGCUCAAGGAGAAGCUGCCACCAACGGAUUCAAGGCUGAGACCAGAUCAACGGCACCUGGAGAAUGGGGAGUACGAGAAGGCCAAUGCUGAAAAACUGCGUCUUGAGACACGGCAGCGGAUGGCAAGGAAGAUGCAGGAGAGUGGCUGGAAACCAAGAUGGUUCCAAAGGGACAGGGAGGAUGGAACAUACCGCUAUGUUGGAGGUUACUGGGAAGCAAGGGAGCAGAGAACAUGGGUUGGCUGCAAUGACAUAUUUGGUAACUUGUCUAGCAGCCAAAAGCUGCCACCAUCCGCUCUCUACACUAGCUCAAGUAUAUAGGGGUAAUGCCGUAAGGGCAUAUUCAGUAGGUGUUGACAUCGAUUACUCACUUCUGGUACAUAAUCGAGAGGGGUUUCUCUCGUUUCUGUUGUGUUAAGCUGUGAGCUAACAUGCUUUCCUCUUGUCAAUUGUCACAUUGAAACCAAGGACAUUCAAGCAUAACCCAACCUUUUGUCGAUACUAGGACACUUAUGAGAAAUCUUGCUAACAUUAUUGUUAAAAGAAUUGUCAAUGUACUAUUUUCUUCUUUGCAUUCCACAA